AAAGAGUGUAAACAAAUAAAUUGUAAACCUCUACCUCAUUAUACCCCAAGUAACCUACUCUGCUGGAGAGCUACAUAGCUAAAGAUGUACGGAUUCGCCAAUCGGCUCAUCCCUCUGUUCUACGCCGCCGCCAAAUCGAGCCGGUUGCUUUCCUCUCCCGCAGCGACAGCCGGAACCGAUCGGAUUAGUGAUCCUCACAACAACCAUGAGCGGAAACGGCGGAAAGAGGAGCCGCUGGAGAAUGUUGUAACGCUCACGUGCGAGUCAUCUUCGGAUGGAGGCGUCUGCAAUGUAUAUGUGAUCGGAUCCGAUCACAGAUCUCCGAAAUCAUGGGCAGAAGUUAAGGCUGUGAUGCAAACCGUUAAACCAGAGGCUGUUUUUUUGGAACUGUGCGCUAGUCGCCGCCAUAUUCUUACGCAUGAUAAAAUUGAGAUGCCAACCUUGCAAGACAUGGUGCAUAUGUGGAAGAAAAAUGAAAGUCUUUAUUCAAUUCUAUUCAAGCGGUAUGUUGCUAAGCAUGUGCCCGGUGGAGAUUUUCGUACGGCAUAUAUUGAGGCAACAAAAUAUGGUGCCAAGGUCAUACUUGGUGAUAGACCUAUAGAGAUUACAACUUUGAGAUAUUGGGCCGACACGUCUCUUUUGCACCUCUACCUGAAUCUUACAAGACCACCAUACGUUAUGCACUCCAGCAUAAGUCAGUCGUUGCUAGCUGUUGUGGGGAGGACUCAUGUACCAGGAAUCCAAAAUAACUGGAAACAACAUGUUGAGAUAAAGAUUCUGUGCCAUUUGCAAAUUACUUGGUCAUUUCAAAUUUUCUGGCCUUUGUAGGUUGCAAUUUCGAAUGUAUCAUAACUUCAUGUUUCGGAAUGUCAAAGGUGGAGCAGCUUCUGAAUGUUCCACUUCGAAAGAAAAUGCUUAUAAUCGCAUUAAGAGUUGCACAGGUUGCCUGUCUCUAUCUCUAUGGCACUUAUCCCUGCUUCGAUGAAUUGAGACAAGGAUGAAUACAAUAUGUUGAGGUUCUUCCAAAAGUUCCAAAAGAUCGAGUACAUUGAUUCGAUUUCGAUUCUCCCGUUUGAGUGUCUCAAUUUUGCCAUUGAAGCUAAGCCCAUAUACAUCAUUUGGGCUCGAAUUCUGCAGCCCCAUAUACAUUUAUUGGGUCAGGCCUGUUUGAUGCUAUAAUUUUAAUUGAGCCUUCGGUAGCAAAUGUAUGUAAUAGAGCAGACCAUUUGUUAGAAGUGGCCAUAAAAUAAUCAAUUAGAGUAGAGGGAUUUAUUAUAUUCUUAGCUCAUUGUUUUUAUUA